AACGACCGUCCACACACUCCAUACACUACAAAACACUCAUUCUUCGUGGAGAGAAGAUAGUAUGUAAACAUUAAGGUCGUGAUCCAGUCCUCUGCGGUGGAACCUCACUCCUACGUAUACAUAUUUAGGCCUUACCAGUUCCAUUGGGAUUCAUUAUUGUGGCCAAGUGCAUUCCAUCAGUGUGUUCGUGGCACUCGUCAAAGCACGAAAGUGAUGAAGUUUGACCCUCAUUGGCUUGUCUUCGAAAUACCGGAAAGUGCUCGAGCAAUCCUCAACCACGAUUGAAUUGAGAUUUGGCCUUGGGGUUGCUCUUGGCUGGGUUGGGAGCGUCUACUAUGCAAAUCGGCCUUGGAAAUGAGGCUUUUCUAACUUUUCGUUAUUGCUCAAUUUGCAUUCCGAGAAGAUGGAAUCCAAGCCGAAGAUCCUGAAUGAGAAUUCCCACGUUCUCGAGCAAUGGCUUCUAGAAGAGGCCAGCUUAGAGUGGCUGCAGCACAUCCUGUCACGAAAGCGGGGAAUGAGGAAUGUUUCGACAAGUUCACAGCCAGUGCAUUCCGGACAAAGGCUAUCAAGUUUGGCACACCAAGAGACUGAAGUGAGUGGUGGUGCUCCUGCCCCGCCAGAAAAUGUCUCGCAAUCUUUCUCCAAUGAGACGGACGAGAUCAGUGAGUCAGAGGAACGGGCCUUUCGUUCAGUGGUUCCCCGAAGUGCGCGCAAGUCCGUGACCAGUGACCUUUUCCACCAAUGGCUGUCCGCCCAUCAACCCAGGGGCGACAUCCGCAAGCAAACCAAAGAGAUAUCGGGGGUGAUUUCCUCGGCCUCGCUCAAAAAGAAGACUUCCUCGAGGGGUUCCAUUGAACAAAACGAUCGUCUCAUGGAACUUAUCUUGGACAUCUCCAACGAGUUGGACAUUGAUGUCUUGUGCCACAAGAUUGCCGUCAGUUUGAGCUCGUUGGCCAAAGCGGAUCGUUGCUCAAUGUUUUUGGCCCGAGGUCCAAGAGAGAACCGCUAUCUUGAGGCUAAGCUCUUUGAUGUCCAACCAACAACAACAUUGGACGAGGCCCUAGCCAGAGCCAACACGGAGAGAAUCUUUGUUAUCAUGGGCGAUGGAGUGGCGGGUCAAGUGGCUCUGACCAAGGAGCACAUCAUUAUCAACGAUGUUCAUGGAGACCAUAGAUUCAAGCCGGAGGUGGAUGAGAAACUCGGAUUUUCAACUUCCGCCGUUAUGUGCUUGCCUGUGUGCAAUUACGAGGGAGAAAUCAUUGGCGUGGUUCAACUAAUGAAUGAUAGGAAUCCGGGAUUCGAAACAAAAGAGUUCUCCGAGACAGACGUCAAGCUUAUGGAGAGAUACCUCACCUUUUGUGGCAUUGGAAUUCAAAACGCCCAAUUGUUUGAAGUCUCCAUUCUAGAAUACAAAAAAAAUCAGCUCCUUCUCUCUCUGGCCCGAAGUUUGUUCCAAGAGCAGAUGAGUUUGGAACGCCUCGUCUCCACUAUCAUCUCCGAAGCCAAGGACAUGUUGAAAUGCCAGCGAUGCACAGUCUAUCUCUUAGAUCUGAAGGCCUAUAAUGCGAUGGAGAGCUCUUUUUUCCAUGUUGGUCAUGCUGGACAAAGCCCCGGUGUGUCCCCCUCGACAUCUUCUAUUUCGGUUGAGCGAGCGAUCCCGCCUUCAUUUGGUGGGAUUGAAUUCAUCAUUCAAGCAUCUGGAAGCGAGAGCGAACUUCCACUCCUCCAAGCCCAAUCUGACUCGAAAGCACCCCAGAUCCUGGCUCAAGCUCUGGAGGAGAUUAGUUUCCAACAAGCUUGGGAAAUGGAGGGACAAGGAAUGAGGGUCUACACACAGCACGAUAAAGAGCUUCAGAUCUCACGAAGAAGCAAAAUCGCGAAAUAUGUGGCUUACACAAAAGAAGUACUCAAUUUGAAUGAUGUAGCCUCUUGGCUAGGAGAGGAACCGUUCGUGGAAACGGCUGGAUUCGUUCCUCUGAACAUGUUGUGUGUCCCAAUUUUCAACGGAAAUCGAGACGUUAUUGGCGUGGCACAACUAAUAAACAAGGAAAACAAUAAAAAGUUCGACGAGUCAGAAAUUAGCCUUUUCGAGGCCUUCGGGAUCUUCUGUGGGAUCGGCAUCCAUAACACCAAAGUGUAUGAAGGUGCUUGCAAGCUAAUGGCCAAGCAGAAAGUAGCAUUAGAUUGCUUGAGCUAUCAUGCUUCAGCCUCAGAUGGGGAUACGGAGUGGCUGGUCAAGGCAGAAAUCCCAUCAGCUCAAAAUUUUAAUCUGUUCAAAUACAACUUUGACGACACGCCCUUGCAGGACGAGGAGACCUUCAAGGUCACAAUUCGCAUGUUCAUGGAAUUUGGACUGAUCAACCAGUUCCAAAUACCUUACAAGGUGUUGUGCCAAUGGGUUUUGAGCGUGAAGAAGAACUAUCGUCCCGUCAAGUACCACAAUUGGCGCCAUGCGCUCAACGUUUGCCAAACCAUGUUCACGGUGCUCAAAACCGGCAAGAUGGAUCGCUUUAUGGAUGAUAUUGAGAUCUUUGGUUUAUUGGUGGCUUGCUUGUGCCACGACCUUGAUCAUAGAGGAACCAACAACGCUUUCCAAACCAAAAUGGACUCUCCGUUGGCUGUUCUCUAUUCCACUUCCACUAUGGAACAUCACCACUUUGAUCAAUGUGUUAUGAUUCUCAGCUCGGAAGGGAACAAUAUAUUUCAGGGCAUGAGUACCGACGACUACCGACAUGUGAUGAGAAUUUUGGAACAAGCCAUCCUCUCCACAGAUUUGGCUCUAUACUUUAGAAAGAAGGAUCUCUUCCUGGAAACUGCCAAUAAAGGAGAGAUUGAUUGGCAAGGCGAUAAGAAAGAGCUCUUGUGUGGGAUGUUAAUGACCGCCUGUGACGUUAGUGCCAUCGCCAAGCCUUGGGAGCUCCAACAUAAGAUGGCCAAGAGAGUGGCUGACGAAUUCUUUGAUCAAGGAGACAUGGAAAAGUUACGCCUCAACAUCCAACCGAUUGCCAUGAUGGAUCGAGAAAGGAAAGACGAGCUGCCAAAAAUGCAAGUCGAGUUCAUUGACGUUGUCUGCAAGCCUUUAUACACGUCGCUGUCUGAAUCCUUUCCAUGGAUUAAGCCUCUUUUGGAUGGAUGCAUUGACAAUCGCGAAAAAUGGGCGGAUCUCGCUGAAAAGGUUGAAAUGGGACUGACUUGGAUCGAUCACGAUACGAUUGAUAAGCCCAUAGAGGAGCUCGUCGCCGGGAACGCGGAAAGCACGGACUUUGAAUUCAAAGUCGAGACUCUGAAGAACUCAUCCAUUUCAAAUUCAUCCAGUAGGAGGGAAAGUGCCAUUUCAAAAAAAUCGUUCCGGAGCGGCAAAAGCCCCGGGAGAACCUCCAGUUUCUUUACCCGUCGCUUAAGUGCCAAAUCUCCUUCGACGCGAAGCCGUCAAUCGCUUUCAAGCAUUUCUGGAAAACCUCCCAGUGCCAACCCCAGUUCUGUGUCGUUAGGGAUGGAACAAAACAACAACCUACAACAGCAACAACAACAGCAGCAACAACAACAACAGUCAUGCCACUCAAAUGAAAGCUCACGUUCAUCCAGGCGAUCCGGAGAAUUUCGGAGCAUGCGAAAUAGCCGAAGUAUGGAAGAACAUCCGGAUGACGGACAUAGCAAUUGUAGCCAUGAGAAUGGCGACGACCAAGAGACCGGGUCGGUGGUAUCUGAUGACGGAGGCAAAGGUGGCAGCUUAGGGGGCCGAGUGAAAAAGACCACGAGUAAAGUGUGCAACGUUUUAUAGCAAUUAAAGAAGUAGUGAAUUCUUAGUGACCGUGCAAGAAUUCUCUACAGAUCCAUAUCUUUCGCCAGAUUCGGCCAAAGGGGGUUCCGAUUUGGUUGGAGACACGAAUCCAACCAUUUGAAUGACUGGCUUGUAGUGUCUUACUUUCACCUCGCUCAUGCCAUGAUGACGACCUCAUUUUUCUUGACCUCAACCCUCAAGUAAUUUCCCCCGUUUCAACCCAUUCUCCCCGCUCUAUGUACGAAUAGAUUUCACCGCAUGUGGCACACGUCAGUCGAACUCUAAUAUGUUCAGUGCUUUUGGAUUUUAUUCGCACAUAUAGAUAUAUCUAUAUUCUUCAGAGAAAAUAUACAGUACUUUGCUGAGAA